UUGGAUCCGUCGGAGAAUCUCUCUGCUCUGAUGAAUCUUUGAUAUAGUAAUGUGGGUGAUACUUUAGGUAGUAGCGAAAUAUCUUUUAAUUGAACCGGAUAAAAUCAAGAAAAAAAAAAAGCCUUUUAACUAAACCGAAAACGAACCGGUUUUGACUACGAAGAAUUUCUUGGUUUAAACUGACACUCUCCUUCUUCUGCUUCUUUCUUAGUUUCUUCAUGGCAAACGUUGCUUCUCCUUGCGAAGUUUCUGAGUUUGGGCUUCUCCGAUUCUGAGGUUUUCGCUGAAAUCCUGCUGAUUUCUGAGCUCACGUUCGUUUUCGGAGGUGAUAUCUCGCUAUCCAGCUUUUUCAUUACCGAUUUCGAAAAAAUGUUGCAGUUUUUAGGAAGGAAAUUACUUAGGUCUGGGUUUGGGUUGUCAUUGACUGAGAGGGCUCGAGCUCGAGCUCCUCGUCUCCCAUGUUGCUUGGGUGGAAGAGAUGAGCCACGUUUGGUAGAACAUAACGCUUCACUGAUCUAUGGCAACCGUAUAAAGCAAUUGGACUUGAUGAAGGAAAAAAUGAGGUUGAGAGAUGCCAGGAUCGAUGCUUAUUUGAAGAAAGAGAUGAUGCUUAAACAUGAGAGUAUCAUUUCAAAGAAGGAUCCUGAAGCAGCAGACGAUACCUUCUUCAGAUAUUGCAUUGCAAUAUCUUCUAAUCGCUCUUUUCUUUCUCUCAAACAGCGCUGUGAUGCCGACGAAGCUUUCGCGAAACGUUUGAUUGGGUUUGUCACUCGAUGUCAGCGCAAGGAAGCCAAUUUCAUGCUCUGGGCGAUGAAGGAGCACUCGAAAUAUUCCAUUCCAAAAACAUACACUUCGGAAUCUGCUUCUCGCGCCUUUGCAAGGACUCUUUGCCCCAUUGUGAUCUUCUUUGUUAUACUUCUCGCCAAGAUGGCAUGGUCAAAGGCUAAGGAUACCCACAAGGAAUCUCAAAGGGAAGCAGAUCUCAAAAGUCGUUUUGCAACUCUGAGGAAACAUCUGGAAGACAUGGUUCGUGAUGAGAAUGAGAAAAUGGAAGUUAGGAUGACAGGGAUUGAAGGUGGGAUCGAAAAUGUUAGGGAGGAGCUGUCUAAGAAGAACUCAUAAAGAUGGAACAACACAAUGUCGUACGUGAUAUGAAUAUGGAGCUUUUAAGGAACAAGCAGCUGAAAAGGGAUCACAGAUAUUUUUCAAGGAAUGUACAUACAGUUGAAGUGAAACUUAUGUCGAUUUGAUUGCCUGAUAGGUUGUCAUUAUCCAAGUAUCUUUCUUUAACACUUUUCAUUCUAUUUUGUUUUGGGACUCCAUGUGUGUUUGUUUGAGACUUUGAGUUGUGAAUUAGACUCAUGUUUGUCUCUCUGAGACUUCAAACUAGUAUCAACUACUAUGAUGGUUCAUUGAAAUUGAGUGCUAGGAUUGAGCUUGCUCUUUGUUUUGAAUGAUGGCUG